AUGGGUGAGGACGGAAACAGUACUGUCAACAUUUCUUACACCAGCUUCUUCCUGGUGGGCUUCCCUGGGUUGAAAGAAUGGCGGCCCCUCCUGGUCCUGCCUCUUGCCUUGCUGUAUGUGACCAUUGUCUCUACCAACGCCCUCAUCAUCCACACGGUGGCAGCCCAGCGCAGCCUGCACCAGCCCAUGUAUGUGCUCAUCGCUCUGCUCCUGGCUGUCAACAUCUGUGCUGCCACAGCUGUGCUGCCCAAAAUGCUGGAGGGCUUUGUGCUUAAUGCUAACCCCAUAUCACUCCAAGGCUGCCUGACCCAGAUGUUCUUCAUCUACUUCACCCUCCUCCUGGAUUACAACCUGCUGCUGGCCAUGGCCCUAGACCGCUACGUGGCCAUCUGUCACCCACUCCGCUACACUGACCUGAUGAGCUCCCGCCUGCUGGCCCUGCUGGCCCUGCUGGCCCUAGCCCGGAGCCUGGGAGUGGCAGUGCCCUUGGUGGUGCUGACCUCACGAGCUCGAUUCUGCCGGACAGCGGUGAUUCGCCACUUCACCUGUGAGUACAUCGCACUGCUGAGCAUAGCUUGUGGAGACUUGACCUUCAACAGCCAGUUGGGGUUGGCCAUGAGGUUGAUCACUGUGACCUUUGAUCUAACCCUGUUGGGAACCUCCUAUACCCGCAUCAUCUACGCUGCCUUCCAGAUUUCUUCAGGGGGAGCCCGAGCCAAGGCCUUGAACACGUGUAGCUCCCACUUACUGGUCAUCCUCACUAUCUAUCUCUCUGGUCUCUCCACCUCACUUGUCUUCCGAGUGGCCAAGAACGUGUCUCAGGAUGUUCAGAACCUGCUCAGUGCCAUCUAUCUCCUGCUCCCGGGAGCCUUGAAUCCUGUCAUUUAUGGGGUGAGGACCAGGGAGAUCCGGCAACAUGUAGAAAAAAUACUGUGUGGAAAAGAAUCAGCCCAGGAGGCGGGAGAGAAGUCACGGGGGCAUCAGAAUAUGAGAGUGGAUGGGAAGCUGCCGGGGUGA